AUGUCCUUCUUGAGGAACUACUUCGGCACUGCCGCCCCAGCCCCAGCAAAGGAAGGCAAGGCACCGAUCCGAGCUCUUCCCGCUUCCUGGUACACAUCGCAGGCCAUGUACGAGCUCGAGCAGCGAUCCAUCUUCGGCCGAAAAUGGCUUCUCACCACCCACAAGCAUCGUGUCCCCAAUGCGGGUGACUGUGUGAAGUAUGACGCUGCCGGCUACGAGUUUGUCAUCGCCCGAGAUCUGCAAGGCAACGUGAGUGCAUUCCACGCCAAUGACAUGCUCCCUGCCCACACCCACCUCGACCGCAAUGGCUUUGUUUGGGUGAACCUCGACGCCAGCGAGACCCCCGAGGUCGCCUGGAAAGACGAUUUCGAAGGCGUCGACGAGCAGCCUCGAUUCGAGCACUACAAUUUCGAAGACUACCGCUUCGACCACACCUGGGAUAUGGAGGGGGAAUUCAACUGGAAGAUCCUCGCCGAUAACUACAAUGAGUGCUAUCACUGCCUCGUUGCUCACCCAGACAUCCCCACCAUCGCCGAUCUCAACUCCUACUACGUCAAGACCAAGGCCGGCCACAUCCAGCACUACGGAGCUCCCCGGCAAGACCAGAUUGACAAGGGGUUCCGAAUCGCUACGACCUACUUCUGGCCCAACGCCUCUUUCAAUAUCUCCCCCAACUUCUUCUUCAUGCAGCGCUUCACACCCAUCAGUCCCACCAAGUCUGUCAUGCGUUACGAGGUCUACCGCCACAAAGAUGCAACGGACGAAGCCUUCAACCUGAUCAGCGACAUGUACAAGCGCAUCAUGUCCGAGGACAAGGUACUAUGCGUACACUCACAGAAAAACCUCAAUGCCGGCGUCUUCGUCAAUGGCCAGCUCCACCCCGAGAUGGAGCAAGGCCCUCUUCACUUCCAAAAGACUGUGCGCGACGUCGUUGUCGAACACUACGGCAAGGAAGAGGAAGCCGGGCAUAAGAUCUGGCCUGCUCACCGUCGGGUGGAGGUGCCUGUGCUUGAAGAGAAGGCUACUGCUACCGUUGAGGAAGUUGCAACAGAUGACUUUUCGUUCCGUACGGGCGUGGAUAGAUACGCUGAAGCGGAGUACUCCAUGAACAGCGGAUUUACGCCAGCGAUUGCUGUUUAA